AUGGAGGGUCUCACCUGGGACUCGGCGCUCGCCAUGGCUUCGAGAGAGCGGCUCCCCGCGCCGUCCCCGAGAGGACCCCGAGCUGCGGCCCCCGCCCUCCGCGCCGCUCCGGGUGCGCGGUCCCCGCAGCCACCUCUCGGGCCCGCGCCCUGGGACAGGGGCGGCCCUCUGGACGAGCGCCGGCUGGUCGCCCAUCUACAACUGGCCCUGGGUAGCGAGGCGCGCCUGUGGAGGGGCGGCCAACCCCAGGUCGAGAUGUGCCACAAGGUCCGGGAACUCAUGUUGGGGCUCCUGGAGCUUAAGAACAUUUUUAACUUCUCCCAGACUACUAUUAACCUGGCUCUCACUACCUUUGGCCGCCUCCUGGUUUCAUUAAAGAUAAGAGAGAGGAUACUCCAAUGUGUCAUAGUUACUUCCUUGAGACUCGCUGCCAAAGUGAACAAAGAAGAGGAGUCAAUUCCACGCGUAAAAGACUUCUUAAAGCACUACGGCUCUGGCUAUACCCCGAAUGAGCUGCUGAGGAUGGAGCUGGCUAUUUUGGACAAACUGCACUGGGACCUCUACAUUGGGACGCCGCUGGACUUUGUGACCAUAGGGUUUUGGGGUUCUAACAUUAAAAACCACGGUCUCUAGUUCCACGCCCUGGCGGUCGUGGGCUGGCCCCACGUGGUGGAGCUGCUGCCUCAGAGGAAUCCUUCCCUCCACGUCGCGUCCCUGACCAGGCAGCUGCAGCACUGUAUGGCGGGCCACCAGCUGCUGCAGUUCAAGGGCUCCACACUGGCCUUGGUCAUCAUCACCUUAGAGCUGGAGAGGCUCAUGCCCGACUGGUGUACUCCUAUAUCUGGUCUGCUAAAGAAAGCACAGGUCGGUACUGAGCAGUUGAGCUUCUGCGAGGGGCUGGUGGGGCAGCAUCUGAGAAGUGCGCAGUCAUCCUCCUGCUCAGACAGCUUUCUGUUCCACCUCCCAGCCUUUGGGCCCCUACCCUUAGCCCUCAAAACCUGGAUCCACCCCUGGUCGCGGCAGGACACUUGGAAGAGUUUCACUCUGGGCAUCCACAGAACCUGCCCCGCUCCUGGUGAGGAGGGAGAGGCUGCCUUUUUCCUGCUGCGCCGCCGCGGACACACGCAGCUCACCCUCCUCCCCACUCUGAAUGGAGCCCCAUCUCGGAAGCACAGCAUGAAGCCAGGACUUGGUCCUGGAGAUCAGUAA